AUGGGGAACAACCCUUCCUCAACCUCGAAGCCGGCUACCCCCACUACUGCCUCGUCUUCGUCGCACGAGUCUCCGCGAGCUUCCAAGAACCAACCCAAGAACCUGGUAUCCAUCCAUAACCAGCACAUUAGGUCACCAGCCUCUCCCGAAGCCUCGACAAUCCAGGCAACCGGUACUUCGAUACUUAACAAGAAUUCGAGACCGCUCUCUAUACUUAACUCGUCCUCACCUUCAGCUAGCUCUUACUACCCUACCGCUGUUCCUAAGGUUCCCGAGCAGAAGCCGAAGCCUGCCGAGAUUCAAGAUGAACACUCCCAGCCUGUAGCCGUUCCCUUCUCCUCUUCCCAUUCGGAACAGGCCUCAUCUUACGCCCACGAUUUCCAUGACGAGGACAGCCUAUUAUCAGGCCCCGCCUCCAGUAGUAUCCAGGAUAUGUCCUAUCCACACCCUCGGCCGCCGCGCCUCCCGCUCCCGAUAGAGGAAGAGAUCCAUACUCCCGGGUCGCCCAUCAUCGCGCCGAGUGAUGCUGACGUUAAGGAUGUUGACGACGCAUCUCUCGAGGAUUCGGUCAGUCUGACUCGUCGCACAUCAGGACUUAGCAAUGCGACUGACGAGGAUGACACCGAAGAACUCCGGGUUGACAAGACGAGACCUACGAUACCAACCCGGAUUGAGUGGUCGCGGGGCGGCCAGAAAGUCUAUGUCACAGGAACGCCGUUUCAAUGGAGUAGGAAACAGCGAUUGCUUCCAUCUAAGGAUAGAGACGGUGUGCUAGAGACGGUAAUACCCGUUUUUCCGGGCACGCAUCAUAUAAAAUUCUUGGUCGAUGGCAAUAUGCAGACGUCGCCAGACCUGCCUACUACUGUCGAUUUUGGAAACAAUCUGGUAAACUAUAUUGAAGUAAGCGGAGACAAUACCGACUCGCGGAGCGUCCCAUUAGAUGUCGGUGUUCCUAAAUCGAACGAGGCUGCUCUAUCUCUUCCUUCAAGGCAGCCUUCGCACGACGACUCUGCUAGGGGUCCCCAGCAGAAGGUCAUAGAUCCAAUCGAGAACUUCUCGGGCAAGAUUCCCCAAUAUCUAGACGAUUUUGACCAGCCUGAAGAUUCUUCAGCAUAUAGAAUUUCUUCCUUGGCCCUCGAACGACUCCCGCCACCGCCCAGCCUACCUGGUUUCUUGAGUAAGCCGAUCAUGAACAAUGUCACACUGAUCAAGGAUGACAACAGCGUCCUGAACAUGCCAAACCACACCAUGCUUAAUCACCUGGCCACUUGUAGUAUUAAGAACAAUGUUCUUGCCGUAUCGGCCACUACCAGGUACCAGAAUAAGUACGUAACUACAAUUAUUUACAAGGCUACGAAGAGCGAAUAG